AUGAUCCGACUCUUUUCGAAUCAAAAUAUCAAAGAACAAGCCGAUAGAUUGAUCGAUUCGUUUCGAUAUUCAUUUUGGGUUGAUGAACAUCAAUGGUUUGUUCGAUGUCAUACAAGGGAUUAUUUUAUUCAUCUCGAAACUUUACCAAGUUCAUCUUGUGACUGGAAUAUAACGCUUUCUGAUUUUUUGCACUCGACAAUUCCACAAGAUUAUCAACAAAAAUGUUAUCAUAAUAUGACUCGCAUUUUCGAUGAGAAAUUUUUUGAUCAACCGAUACCAUCUUACAUUCAUAUGCCUAAUAUUGAAUAUCUUCAUAUAAAACUUCCCAUCAAUGAUCAAUUUUGGUCUAUUGUUCCAAGUUUAAAUCGACUACGCUCACUUACAGUCUCAUCUCAUGGUGAUACUUUUCAUUCUCAGGUACAAACUUUAUUAGAUCGAGCACCUCAUCUACACGCGCUAACUAUCAAUCAAGAUAAAUCAUUACCUUUAGAAAUGUCAUUAUUCAAAUACUCAAAAACUUCAGUUCGUGAACUCUCUUUAGAUAAAUGUCAACAUUAUUUCAAUGAGGAGGAAUGUAAUUUGUUGAGUCCUUCAUCAUUAGGUGUUCAAUGCGAAGUACUUUUUAUUUUAGUUGAUAAUCGUGAAUUUAUUAUUAAUCUUGUCAAAAAUAUGGUUAGUCUUCGAAUAUUAAUUAUCGUCUGGAACGAUGAAAGAAAUUCCAAAGACUUAAGGCUAACAAAUAUUAACGAUGAAUACCAUAAUAGAAAAACACAAAUUUCAAAUCAACUUGUUCAAUGGUUAAAAAAUCAUUUGCCAUGGACUUAUGUAGUCGUUAGUUAUUCACAAUAUAAACAUAAUAGCUCAAAACGAAUUGAACAAAGAAAAGAAAGAUAA